AUGCGCAGGGUACUGUUCCUGACAGCAAAUGUCGGCUCACUUUUUGAGGAGGACGCCCGGUUACAGGGCCAAUGGCUGAAUGUGAUUACGGAGCGAAUUCUCGGCGAACAGGCCGAAUUCGUGGUGAUGCACAUGCAAGAGACUGGCGGCAAGAAUUUUCAGCAGUGUUCGGGACAGGUGCCUGGGCUAGUCCAAAAACUCUACGACCGGAUACGACAAGAAUAUCCUGUUGCGCGAGCAAUUUUGGAUAUUGAUUUUGAGCAGGAUAUGUACACGGCGCUCGGUUCGAUGUAUUUCGUCCGAAAAUCUUCCGUCGACAAAGUCGAACAAUACAAUUUUAUUGCCGGCCGGUACGAGCGGUUAAACCCGGGUAUCGAGAUGAUUACGAAAGACCUUGAAAACUACUCCCUCGUCAUCAAACAAAAAUUCCCAAAGCACUUUUGGCCCGCUUUUAAAUGGGGGAGAAAAGGAUUCGUCCAUGUGCGAUUCCGCUUUAAUAAACAUUAUUUUGAUUUGGUAAAUGUUCAUUUAUUCCACGACGAGAAUAAUUUGGCGUUGAUACACGAGAACCCCAACCUCUACUCCUCAAAUCGGCAACGAGCCCUCGCCUUUGUCUUGGCCCAUUUGAAAGAGACCCAAAACGGCCACCCGUCCCACACGUUCCUAUUUGGUGACCUGAAUUUCCGGUUAGACUCGACGAGGUUUUUAAAUAAAUUAACAGCCGCAACAGAAAGCCACCCGAUCGACGAGUCAGACCUGCACAGCCACGCGAGUAUGGCAAACAAUUUGAAUGCGCCGCAGGUCCUGCAUAGCAAUUCGGGUGGUGACCUCGAGGUCAGCAACAAGCUGCCCCUCCCCACCGAACAACUGAGGAGGACGGUAUCAGCUGUCGAAUUCAGGAGAGAGGUUGCAAAUGAGGAUUCCGAUUCCGAAACCAACUGCGUACUCCGAAUAGAGAAAAAGCGAUUUGAUUACUUCAACGCCAAGCAGUUGCUGCAGGACUGGAAAUCGUACUUGGAGUUCGACUUCGAGACGAAGGCGUUUCCGGAGCUGUACGAGGUGCCGAUCAACUUCCCACCAACAUAUCCCUGGAGUGAAGACCCGACGGAUUGCGGCGUUCUGAUGAAAACCCGAGCCCCAGCCUGGUGUGAUCGAGUUUUGAUGAAUGAGAACGCGUGGAGAGUGGUUCAAUCGGGUGCCCCGGCUUAUCACAGUUUUGGACGAGACACCUGCAUGGGUGAUCACAAGCCCGUCUACCUCUCCUUCGCCGUCCCGGACAGC